GCAGGCGCGCGGCCGCGGCGGCGGUUGGGGAGGGUUCUUCCGGAAGGUUCGGGAGGCUUCUGGAACGGGCGCCGCGCGCUGGGCGGGCCCGCCGCUAUAUAAGGGCGGCGCGGGGGCGGUGCGCCAGUUGCUUCUGCGUCCUGCUUCCCGUCGCCGCGGAUCCCGCGCGUCCCGGAGCCGAGAUGCCCGAGGAGACCCAGACCCGCGACCAGCCCAUGGAGGAGGAGGAGGUGGAGACGUUCGCUUUCCAGGCGGAAAUCGCCCAGUUGAUGUCCUUGAUCAUCAACACUUUCUACUCGAACAAAGAGAUCUUUUUGAGGGAGCUGAUUUCCAAUUCGUCAGAUGCGCUGGACAAAAUCAGAUACGAGAGCUUGACGGACCCCAGUAAGCUCGACUCCGGGAAGGAGCUGCACAUCAACCUCAUCCCCAACAAGCAGGACCGCAGCCUGACGAUUGUGGACACCGGCAUCGGGAUGACCAAGGCCGACCUGAUCAACAACCUGGGCACCAUCGCCAAGUCUGGCACCAAAGCCUUCAUGGAGGCGCUGCAGGCAGGCGCCGACAUCUCCAUGAUCGGCCAGUUUGGCGUCGGCUUCUACUCGGCUUACCUGGUGGCCGAGAAGGUAACGGUCAUCACCAAACACAAUGACGACGAGCAGUACGCCUGGGAGUCCUCUGCAGGUGGCUCCUUCACCGUCAGGACCGACACAGGGGAACCAAUGGGCCGCGGAACAAAGGUGAUCUUGCACCUGAAAGAAGACCAGACUGAGUACUUGGAGGAGAGGAGGAUCAAGGAGAUUGUGAAGAAACACUCGCAGUUUAUUGGCUACCCCAUUACUCUCUUUGUGGAGAAGGAACGUGACAAGGAAGUGAGUGAUGAUGAGGCGGAAGAAAAGGAAGACAAAGAGGAAGAGAAGGAAAGAGAAGAGAAGGAGUCUGACGACAAGCCUGAAAUAGAAGAUGUGGGCUCUGACGAAGAAGAGGAAGAGAAGAAAGAUGGAGAUAAGAAGAAGAAGAAGAAGAUUAAGGAGAAGUACAUCGAUCAAGAAGAGCUGAACAAAACCAAGCCCAUCUGGACCAGAAACCCCGACGACAUCACUAACGAGGAGUAUGGCGAGUUCUACAAGAGCCUGACCAAUGACUGGGAGGACCACUUGGCGGUGAAGCACUUCUCAGUGGAAGGACAGCUGGAGUUCCGCGCCCUUCUUUUUGUCCCAAGACGUGCUCCUUUUGACCUGUUUGAAAACAGAAAGAAAAAGAACAACAUAAAGUUGUACGUUCGCCGUGUCUUCAUCAUGGACAACUGCGAGGAGCUGAUCCCAGAGUACCUGAAUUUCAUUAGAGGUGUGGUGGACUCCGAGGAUCUGCCCCUGAACAUUUCCCGUGAGAUGUUGCAGCAGAGCAAAAUCCUGAAAGUUAUCAGAAAGAAUUUGGUCAAAAAAUGCUUAGAGCUCUUUACUGAACUGGCGGAAGAUAAAGAGAACUACAAAAAGUUCUAUGAGCAGUUUUCUAAAAAUAUUAAGCUGGGAAUACACGAGGACUCUCAGAACCGGAAGAAGCUCUCCGAGCUGCUGCGCUACUACACGUCUGCUUCCGGGGACGAGAUGGUGUCUCUCAAGGACUACUGCACAAGAAUGAAGGAGAACCAGAAGCAUAUCUAUUACAUCACAGGUGAAACCAAGGACCAGGUGGCCAACUCGGCCUUCGUGGAGCGCCUGCGGAAGCAUGGCCUGGAGGUGAUCUACAUGAUCGAGCCCAUCGACGAGUACUGCGUCCAGCAGCUGAAGGAGUUUGAGGGCAAGACUUUGGUGUCAGUCACCAAAGAGGGCUUGGAACUUCCAGAAGACGAAGAGGAGAAAAAGAAACAAGAAGAGAAGAAAACGAAAUUUGAAAACCUCUGCAAAAUCAUGAAGGACAUCUUGGAGAAAAAAGUAGAAAAGGUGGUCGUGUCCAACCGCUUGGUGACGUCCCCGUGCUGCAUCGUCACGAGCACCUAUGGCUGGACAGCCAACAUGGAGAGGAUCAUGAAGGCGCAGGCCCUGCGCGACAACUCGACCAUGGGCUACAUGGCAGCCAAGAAGCACCUGGAGAUCAACCCUGACCACUCCAUCAUUGAGACCCUGCGGCAGAAGGCAGAGGCCGACAAGAAUGACAAGUCGGUGAAGGACCUGGUCAUCCUGCUGUACGAGACCGCGCUUUUGUCUUCCGGCUUCAGCCUGGAGGACCCCCAGACACAUGCCAACCGCAUCUACAGGAUGAUCAAGCUGGGGCUUGGUAUCGAUGAGGAUGACCCCACGGCCGACGACAGCAGCGCCACGGUGACCGAGGAGAUGCCGCCCCUCGAGGGGGAUGACGACACGUCGCGCAUGGAGGAAGUAGACUAGGCCCGGCCGGGGAGCCGCAUCCGCGCGUCCAGUGCUUCGUCCUCGUUCCCUCUGAUAUGUUUUCAAGGACUUUAUUUUUGUUAACAUUUUUGGCAUGACCAUAACUGCUUGUGGGGAAGAUAAGGUUUCUUUCUACCUGUGUGAUACCGUGACUCUCAGGCAGAGCUAGCUGUUUCCCAGUUUUAUGUUGCCUCGUUUUAACAGGUGUACGUGACCUGGCAUUCACUGUGGUCUGAAGUGUUUCGUUGUCAGCGGGUCCCUUAGUAGAUGAGACUUUGUCACUGAAGUGUUCUGAAACCAGCCCUGACGUCUAAGGGGAAAUGUGGCAGAACGACUUCAUCUUCUAGGUCUGCUUUCUGAACCUUCCUCCUUCGUAGUUGCAGCUGCAUGUACCAGGCCUCUAGAAAAGAGCACGUUGAGCUGAAGCAACUCCACAGGAGUAACUGUCUGUGGGGCUGAUUUUCCAAAGAAAAGUAAUGUUUAGUAGCAAAAUUCUCCGCCCACCCAGGCAGGUUGUAAAGCUGUUCACAAGUAACUCAAGCAAGUUUUGUGUACGGGAAUGUAAUGCUCAAGUCACGUUCUGCUUUCAAAUACAGUGAAUUAAAUAAGUGUGUGAAGACUCCUGUGGGGUAACA